UAGCUCCGCCCUGUGGCUCAGCGAGGUCCGGCAAGAAGUGCUUUCCUGCAGCCUUUGAAGAUUAUAUUCUCUCAAAGGAAGAGCUGAGGGGCGUCUGAGGUUGGAAGCAGGUACAGGUUUACAAAUAUGCAAGGAACCGUUUGGUGCUGAUACCUGAAUUGCAGUCCUGUGGCUCACACCUGGCAGAAGGCAGUUGGACUAAGUCACCACCACCAGCUCUCUCAUCAUUAGGUGGAAUGUCAGAAGACUGCAGGAGUAUUAUUUUUCCUCAUACUGCUGGUCCAUAGCCAGAUAAUCCCUAUUUACCCUGAUAGGAGUUCUAAGAGCUCCGUGUCUCUUGGACCGACCAAGAAGGGAAAUUUUCAUUUUCUCAAAGAAAAGGCACAGAGUUGUAGCCAUUGAUAAUUACCAUCAUGGAGACCGAGAGCCAUAACAGCCUUCAGGAGAGACCCACACCCUCCAGCAAGGAGAGGGCAUUGGUGGAGGGCAAUCAGUUGAUGAAAGCUGUUAAAAAAGAAGACAUCAAGCUGGUUCAGCAAUUGCUGGAAGGAGGGGCUGAUGUCAAUUUCCAGGAAAAGGAGUGGGGCUGGUCCCCUUUGCAUAACGCAGUACAAAAUGGCCAGGAGGACAUCGUGGAUCUUCUGCUUCAUUAUGGUGCUAAUCCUUGUCUGAGGAAGAAGAAUGGGGCCACUCCCUUCAUCAUCGCUGGGAUCGAAGGCAAUGUGAAGCUGCUGGAACUUUUACUUUCUAAAGGUGCAGAGGUCAAUGAGUGUGAUGCUAAUGGCUUCACAGCAUUCAUGGAAGCUGCUGUGAAUGGUAAGGUCGAAGCCUUAAGAUUCCUGUACAAGAAUGGUGCAAAGGUGAAUUUGAGUCGAAGGACCAAGGAGGAUCAAAAGAAGCUUGGAAAAGGAGGGGCCACAGCUCUAAUGGAUGCUGCUGAAAAUGGACAUGUAGAUGCCCUGAAGAUCCUCCUUGAUGAGAUGGGGGCAGAUGUCAAAUCCCAGGACAAUAUGGGCAGAAAUGCUUUGAUCUAUGCACUUAGGCACUCUGAUGAUAGAAACGUGGAGGUCAUCACUCGCCUUCUGCUGGACCAUGGGGCUGAGGUCAACGUGAGGGGGGAAAAAGGGAAGACACCCCUGAUCCUGGCAGUGGAAAAGAAGCACUUGGGUUUGGUGCAGAUGCUUCUGGAACAAGAACAUAUAGAGAUUAAUGACACAGACAGUGAGGGCAGUACAGCACUUCUGUUGGCUGUCCAACUCAAACUGAAAGGAAUUGCUCAACUGUUAUGCGAGAAGGGAGCCAGCACAGACUGUGGAGAUCUUGUUAUGAUAGCGAGGCGCAACUAUGACAGUUCUCUUGCGAAGUUUCUUCUCCUUCAUGGGGCCAGAGAAGAUUUUCACUCUCCUGCUGAAGACUGGAAGCCUCAAAGCUCACGUUGGAGGGAGGCCUUGGAACAUCUCCAUAGAAUAUACCGCCCUAUGAUUGGCAAACUCAAGAUCUUUAUCGACGAGGAAUAUAAAAUUGCUGACACAUCUGAAGGGGGCAUCUACCUGGGGUUCUAUGAAGGGCAAGAGGUCGCUGUGAAACGCUUCUGUGAAGGCAGCACCCAUGGACACAAGGAGGUCUCCUGCCUGCAGAGCAGCAGAGCAAACAGUGACUUGGUGACGUUCUACGGGAGUGAGAGCCACAAGGACUGUCUGUAUGUGUGCCUUGCCCUCUGUGAGCAGACCCUGGAGGAACACUUGGAUAAGCACAGAGGGGAGGCUGGGGACAAUGAGGAAGACGAGUUUGCCCGGAAAGUCCUUUCCACUGUAUUUAAGGCUGUGGAAGAGCUGCAUCUCCUGUGUGGAUACACUCAUCAGGAUCUGCACCCUGGAAACAUCUUAAUAGAUUCCAAGAAUGCUGUUUGCCUGGCAGAUUUUGAUAAAAGCAUCAAGUGGACUGGAGAGCCAAAGGAAAUCAAGACAGAUCUAGAGGCCCUUGGACUGCUGGUCCUAUAUGUGGUAAAAAAGGGAGAUCUCCCUUUUGAGACCCUGAAGACUAAAAGUAUUGAAGAGGUGAUUGAAUUUUCUCCAGAUGAGGAAACUCGGGACCUCAUUCGUCACCUGUUUAACCCUGGAGAAAAUAUGAAGGAGCAUCUGAGUGGCCUGCUGGGUCAUCCCUUCUUUUGGAGUUGGCAGAACCGCUAUAGGAUGCUUAGGGAUGUGGGAAAUGAAUCGGACGUUAAAGUGCAAAAACGUAAUAGCAAGAUUGUCCAACUACUACAACUUGGAACAUCUGAAUAUUCCAGAAGUUUUGCCCAGUGGACUUCUAAGAUUGAUGGCUAUGUUAUGCAAGAAAUGAAUAGCUAUUAUUAUAAAAAAUGCAAACGCUAUAAGGACACUGUGAGUGAUCUGCUAAGGUUUAUCCGGAAUUUGGGAGAACAUAUUAAUGAAGAAAAAAACAAAACGAUGAGGUCGAGAAUUGGAGAACCUUUCCAAUACUUGCAAAAGGAAUUUCCUGAUCUGGUCAUCUAUGUCUACACGAAACUACAGAACACAGAAUACAGAAAGCAUUUUCCCAAAACCCACAAUCCAAACAAGUCUUAGUGUGAUGGAGGUCAUCCCUGAGUGGUGGCUGAGCUUGUAGAGUUCAGGGAGGUACUUAUUUAGCUGUGUGAUCCUGGGCAAGUCACAACUCUCUGAGUCUCUUAACUCACCUGGUUGUUUGUGAGGAUGAGUUAGAUAGCGAUAGUGUUAGGCUCUGACACACCGCCUGGUCUUCCCCAUGUGUUUAUAACAAAAUAAUGUAUGAACUCAAACUGCCUUCCUUGUCUUUUUUUACAGGUAAAGUUUAGUAGCAAGGGCUGGGAAGGCAUCCUGCUAAGAUUUCUCUUGUCUGUUGCGCUCCAGGAAUGAGUGCCCACACUUCUAAUGCUUGUAUGUUUUAUGUUGACGGCCUCAUUUAAUUCUGCCAAUGACCUUGCAAGACAGGAUUUAUCAUCUCCACUUAAGAACUGGCAGACCUGAGACUCAGAGAGUUUGAAUUACUUGCCCAAGAUCAUACAACUUGCAUAGAGUACUGUAUAAAUGCAUGUUGUGUUAUUGUUAUCACUUACUUGGGUAUUUAGACUUAAUCACUAGCCCGGGGAUCUUCUGGAUGGAUCCGCAAAGGAAUAUGUAAAAGGGACUCCAGGAAGCUCCUUCACUCACUUACUUCACUUAUUCAUUCAUUCAAUAUUUGUUGAACCUGUAGUAUAAGCCUAGGCACUAAUUGUAUGAAUUCCAUUCCUUCUAGAACCACCUACAAUGGUUUUCCAUGACCUCAAGACAGUAGUUCUCAACUGGGGCAGUUUUGCCCCUCAGGGGCUUUUUGGCAUUGUCUAGGGAUGUUUUUGGUUUUAAAUCUGGGAGAUAGGGUGUGUUAUUGGCAUCUGAUAGAUGGAGGUUAGGGAUGAUGCCAAAUGUUCUAUGAUGCACAGGAUAGCCCACAACAUAGAAUUAUCCAGACUAAAAUAUCAGUGGUACCAAGACUGAGAAACUCUGCCUUAAGAGAUUGGGACAUUUUCGAACUGGUUUGGGGACCAGGACCACCUCACAGAGCAGUGACUUGGAUUUGUUUUCUUGCUUUUGGAUUUGUAGUGAAACAAUUCCAGUGUCCCCUAGGAAGUCCCCUGAACACCCCCAAUCUCCACACCCCAAUCUGAAUGCUCUAUCUGGGCCCUAGCACCCAUACCCAGAGGAUGCUUCUCUCCACCUUGAUCUUGCUUCUUGCCCACUGGAAUAUAAGCUUUCAAGGACCAUUGAUAUACAUAUAAUGUUUACUUAUUUAUUUUGAGAGAGAGAGAGUAAGUGUGAGUAAGUCAGGGGCAGGGAGAGAGGGAAGAAG